CCCUUUUAUUGCAGUGAGUGUGGAAAAACCUUCACUUGCAGCUCAUCCUUUUCUGUUCAUCAGAGAAUCCACACAGGGGAGAGGCCCUUUGAUUGCAGUGAGUGUGGGAAAAGCUUUAUUACCAGCUCAGACCUUUCUAAACAUCAGAGAAUCCACACAGGGAAGAGGCCCUAUGAAUGUCAUGAGUGUGGGAAAAGCUUCUCUAGCAGCUCAGCCCUUUCUCAACAUCAGAGAAUCCACACAGGGGAGAGGCCCUAUGAAUGCCGUGAGUGUGGGAAAAGCUUCAAUAGCAGCUCAGGCCUUUCUAAACAUCAGAGAAUCCACACAGGGGAGAGGCCCUUUUAUUGCAGUGAGUGUGGAAAAACCUUCACUUGCAGCUCAGCCCUUUCUAUUCAUCAGAGAAUCCACACAGGGGAGAGGCCCUAUGAAUGCCAUGAGUGUGGGAAAAGCUUCACUAGGAGCUCAGCCCUUUGUCAACAUCAGAGAAUCCACACAGGGGAGAGGCCCUAUGAAUGCCGUGAGUGUGGGAAAACCUUCAGUCGGAGUUCAGGCCUUUCUAAACAUCAGAGAAUCCACACAGGGGAGAGGCUCUUUGAUUGCAGUGAGUGUGGGAAAACCUUCACUUGCAGCUCAGCCAUUUCUGUUCAUCAGAGAAUCCACACAGGGGAGAGGCUCUUUGAUUGCAGUGAGUGUGGGAAAACCUUCACUUACAGAUCAGUCCUUUCUCAACAUCAGAGAAUCCACACAGGGGAGAGGCCCUAUGAAUGCCGUGAGUGUGGGAAAAGCUUCAUUAGCAGUUCAGGACUUUCUAAACAUCAGAGAAUCCACACAGGGGAGAGGCCCUUUUAUUGCAGUGAGUGUGGAAUAACCUUCACUUGCAGCUCAGCCUUUUCUGUUCAUCAGAGAAUCCACACAGGGGAGAGGCCCUAUGAAUGCCGUGAGUGUGGGAAAAGCUUCACUAGCAGCUCAGCCUUUUCUGUUCAUCAGAGAAUCCACACAGGGGAGAGGCCCUAUGAAUGUCAUGAGUGUGGGAAAAGCUUUAUUACCAGCUCAGACCUUUCUAAACAUCAGAUAAUCCACACAGGGAAGAGGCCCUAUGAAUGUCAUGAGUGUGGGAAAAGCUUCUCUAGCAGCUCAGGCCUUUCUAAACAUCACAAAAUCCACACCGGUGAGAGACCUUAUAAAUGCAGUGAGUGUGGGAAAACCUUCAAUCACAGCUCACACCUUCUUACCCAUCUCAGAAUCCAC